GCAGAGCCUAUUCAAAGCCCUGGUUCAGGUAUACGAAACCUGUAGCCGAUUUCGGGGCAGCGCGCUAGGUUUCCCUCGCUGGUUACCCACCCAACGCUGAAUAAUCACCCACGAUGCGCGGUAAGUACAUGACGGCGGACUCCGUGAGGAACGCCGUGAGGAGCGCCGGCGCACGAGACUAUCUCGACCAGACCGCUGCUGAGGCCGGCAAGAAGUCGAAGUACAAAGGCAUCUGGUACUACCAGACAGGGCGUGCCAUCCAGAAGGACUGGAUGCCGCGGCCGGAGUGGAGCGCGGUGGUGGUGGCGCCGCCGGCCGCGGCGGGCAAGGCGCCUCCAAAGAUGAUCGACAUAUACCGAGUCGGCGAGCCACCCUUCUUCGCCAUCCACGCCUUUGAAAGCGAGGUGGAGGCGGCGCUGGCUUACGACUACGCCACCCUCUGGCUGCUGCUGCGCUCCAAAGGCUGCACCGACAGCAAGCUGCGCAACCACCGCUGGAACCUGCCGCAGCUCAAGCUGUGGCAGCGCCCCGCAGUGAAGUGGCUGGCGGCAUGCGGGCUGGAGGAGGUCAAUGCGGUGCAGAAGUAUGUGCGCAACAAGGCAAGCAAGAGGGAGCUGCCUGCAGCCAGCGGCCAGCCAGGGUGCGCGGCUCGAUGCAGGAACUGCUGGAGCGAGGGCUGCUCACCAAGGAGCGGGCCCAGAGCUUCAAGCGGCAGCAGGAGAGGCUACAGGAGUGGCGCAGCGAGCUGACG